AUGGCGGAAGGAGUUUCGGGCGGCGGCGGCGAGGGGCUGCCAUUCCGCCGGGGCAUCCGUCUGCUGGACAGCGGCUCGGUGGAGAACGUGCUGCAAGUCGGCUUCCAUCUCAGUGGCACAGUAACUGAAGCAGCAACUACUUCUGAACCAGCAGUGACUUACAAAGUUGCAAUCAGUUUUGAUCGAUGCAAAAUCACUUCAGUGACAUGUGGCUGUGGGAACAAAGACAUAUUCUACUGUGCUCAUGUGGUAGCACUCUCACUAUACAGGAUCCGUAAACCAGACCAAGUCAAAUUGCGUCUUCCUAUCUCAGAAACCCUUUUCCAGAUGAAUAGGGACCAGCUACAAAAGUUUAUUCAAUAUUUAAUCACGGCACACCACACUGAAGUUCUUCCUACUGCACAGAAACUGGCAGAUGAGAUUCUGUCCUCCAACUCCGAAAUCAACCAAGUGAAUGGUGCCCCUGACCCCACAGCUGGGGCCAGCAUUGAUGAUGAGAACUGUUGGCAUUUGGAUGAAGAACAGGUGAAAGAACAAGUGAAGCUCUUUCUCUCCCAGGGUGGUUACUAUGGCUCUGGAAAGCAACUCAAUUCAAUGUUUGCCAAGGUUCGAGAGAUGCUGCGGAUGAGGGAUUCCAAUGGAGCCAGGAUGCUGACGCUGAUAACUGAGCAGUUUAUGGCCGACCCACGACUCACACUCUGGAGGCAGCAAGGAACAAGCAUGACAGAUAAGUGCAGGCAACUCUGGGAUGAGUUAGGGGCCUUAUGGGUGUGCAUCAUUUUAAAUCCACAUUGCAAACUGGAGGAAAAGUCCUGUUGGCUACAGCAGCUGCAGAAGUGGAGUGACCUGGAUGUCUGUCCCCUGGAGGAUGGGAACUAUGGGCAUGAGCUGCCCAACAUCACCAAUGCACUUCCCCAGAAUGCCAGUCACAGCCCAGACUCCUUAUCCAGACCAAGACGAACAGUGUUCACUAGAGCCAUCGAGGGCCGUGAAUUACAUUGGCAGGACAGCCACUUACAGCGAAUAAUAAGCAGCGAUAUAUAUACCGCUCCUGCCUGCCAGCAGGAAAGUGAGAGACUACUGUUUAAUUCCCAAGGCCAGCCACUGUGGCUUGAGCAUGUGCCUACAGCCUGUGCUCGGGUCGAUGCUCUGCGCUCUCAUGGUUAUCCAAAAGAGGCCCUCAGACUCACGGUGGCCAUUAUCAAUACUCUGAGGUUGCAGCAGCAACGGCAGCUGGAAAUCUACAAGCAUCAGAAGAAAGAACUGUUACAGAGAGGAAACACAACCAUCACAAACCUGGAAGGCUGGGUGGGCCACCCUCUGGAUCCCAUUGGCUGCCUGUUUCUCACUUUGACUGAGGCCUGUCGUCUGAACGAUGAUGGCUAUCUGGAAGUGUCAGAUAUGAAUGAAAGCAGACCCCCUGUGUACCAGCAUGUACCUGUGGCUACAGGCUGCCCAAACAGCCAUGAGUCCUACUUGUCAUUGGCUCUGGAAGUUGCUCUGAUGGGGAUGGGUCAACAGAGGGUGAUGCCUGAAGGCCUCUACGCACAGGACAAGGUGUGCCGUAACGAGGAGCAACUCCUGAGUCGACUUCAGGAGCUGCAGCUGGAUGAAGAACUAGUGCAAACACUGCAGAAACAGUGCGUCUUACUACUGGAAGGAGGCCCCUUCAGUGGUCUAGGAGAAGUCAUUCACCGAGAGAGUGUUCCCAUGCAUACCUUUGCCAAGUAUUUGUUCUCAGCUCUGCUGCCUCAUGAUCCAGACCUGUCCUAUAAAUUAGCCUUACGUGCCAUGAGGUUACCUGUUCUAGAAAACUCAACUUCUACAGGCGACACUUCUCACCCUCACCAUUUGGUGUCUGUGGUGCCCAGCCGUUAUCCUCGCUGGUUCACGCUUGGACACUUGGAAUCACAGCAAUGUGAACUGGCCUCCACCAUGCUGACUGCUGCCAAAGGGGACACUCUGAGGCUCCGAACAAUUCUGGAAGCAAUACAGAAGCACAUCCAUUCUUCCUCCCUCAUCUUCAAACUGGCCCAAGAUGCAUUCAAGAUUGCCACUCCCACAGACAGUAGUACUGACAGCACCCUGCUCAACGUGGCUUUGGAGCUGGGGUUACAGGUGAUGAGGAUGACCUUAUCAACUCUUAACUGGAGGCGCCGGGAGAUGGUGCGGUGGCUGGUGACAUGUGCUACAGAAGUGGGUGUGCGGGCCCUGGUGAGCAUUUUGCAGAGCUGGUACACACUCUUCACCCCCACCGAGGCAACUAGCAUUGUGGCUGCCACAGCUGUAUCCCACACCACUGUCCUGCGCCUCAGUCUUGACUAUCCACAGCGGGAGGAGCUGGCUAGCUGUGCUCGCACACUGGCCCUACAGUGUGCCAUGAAGGAUCCACAGAGCUGUGCCCUGUCAGCCCUUACACUCUGUGAGAAAGACCACAUCGCCUUUGAGGCAGCCUACCAGAUCGCCAUUGAUGCUGCCACGGGUGGCAUGACUCAUUCACAACUGUUCACCAUUGCCCGCUACAUGGAGCUCCGUGGCUACCCGCUACGUGCCUUCAAGUUGGCCUCGCUGGCCAUGAGCCAUCUCAACCUGGCCUACAACCAGGAUACUCAUCCAGCCAUCAACGAUGUGCUCUGGGCGUGUGCUCUCAGCCACUCUCUGGGCAAGAAUGAGCUGGCAGCCCUCAUCCCGCUGGUGGUGAAGAGUGUGCACUGUGCCACAGUGCUUUCAGACAUCUUGCGGCGCUGUACAGUGACGGCACCGGGCCUGGCUGGCAUCCCAGGCCGCCGCAGCUCUGGGAAGCUCAUGUCCACCGACAAAGCUCCACUGCGCCAGUUGCUGGAUGCCACCAUCAAUGCCUACAUCAACACGACACACUCCCGCCUGACACACAUCAGCCCUCGUCACUACGGAGAGUUCAUUGAGUUCCUGAGCAAGGCUCGGGAGACCUUUCUGCUGCCCCAGGAUGGCCACCUGCAGUUUGCCCAAUUCAUCGACAACCUUAAGCAAAUCUACAAAGGCAAGAAGAAGCUGAUGCUGCUGGUGAGAGAGCGCUUUGGCUGAGAAAGCGGACAGCUCACUGCGGGGGCAGCCUGGGCUCCCAGGUACCACAGGUCAGGCCAAGGAUACUGAAACAUUUGUCCACCCUGAGAGGACUCUGAGCGCCUGUGGCUGAAGCCAAAGCACCACAGGGCCAAGCAUGGGAGAGUCCAACUCUAGCCAAUAUGCCUUCCUUGGCAAGGUUCCCACUACAGGCCACUGUUCCUGAAGGAGCUGGGCCCUGCAGAUUGAUCAGAAACCCCACAACAUGCCACCUCACGCCCCUAUAUCCUGCGUGUCCUGGGCAUUGGCCCGCUCUCCCUUGGCAAACACAGAACACUGUUCCGUCUCAGGGAUUGCUUAACCAGA